AUGUACUCGAAGUUAAACAUAUCUGAACUGCUGCCUCAAAAAUCGAUGAUGGCUGACAAUAGAGAUGACGAUGAACUUAGCAUCCCGCGAGCGGCUCUCAACAAAAUGAUCAAAGAGCUUAUUCCAAAUAUCCGAGUUGCAAAUGAUUCCAGAGAAUUGAUCCUUAAUUGUUGUACAGAAUUUAUUCACUUGGUUUCUUCAGAAGCGAAUGAAAUUUGUAAUAAACAAACGAAAAAAACUAUCUCACCGGAACAUGUUUUAGCAGCAUUAGAUAGUCUUGGAUUUGGUUCAUACAAAGAAGAUGCUGUAGCUGUUUUGGAAGAAGCCAAAGCAGUGGCAGCAAAAAAGCGUAAAGGAAGCUCUCGACUGGAAAACUUAGGUAUUCCAGAAGAGGAACUUUUACGCCAACAGCAGGAGUUGUUUGCUAAGGCUCGUUUGGAACAGCAACAAAUUGAGCAGCAGCAAUGGCUCCAAGUUCAAAAUGCCUUACAGCAACAACAAUUACAAUUGCAACAGCAGCAGCCUACUACUCGGUUGACAAUUCCACAAACAUCAGAAAAUAAGGAAGAUGAUGAUUAUUCAUAA